AUGCAAAGGGAGCAGCAUCCCGCGGACAUAACAGUUGUCGGUGAUCCAAAAGUCGACCCGGAAAUAAGUCUAAAUGUGCACACACCCAUUCGUAAAUAUAAUAUAAAUCUUCAAAGACUUAAUAGCUCCAUUUUACAUGAAGAUUUUAAAGUGCUUCACGUAUUCACUGACAGUGAUGGGAAGACAGUCUUUCAUGAGGAUAAUAAACAUCACCGGCUCCAUCAGAAGGCGGACAAGCUACACUUUUACCACGAUGUAGGGUCCGGUACCCUGGUGAGUCUAAGACACAACGACAAUCACAACGGUGGCAACAUGAAACAUUUUGUGGAGGGCAUUAUCCACGAGGAAAUGGUAAUAGCACCGCCGUUGGCUCACAAAAGGCACAAACGGUCUCUGCACCUCGAUACCCACACUAUAUGGAGGAAAUCCCCGGACUCACAUACAUUCUCUGACGACGAGCUUUUUGUUCCUCCAAGCGUGGACAACUUAAAAUUCCCAUGGAAAGAGCUCUUGAACUUGACAACAUUGAACUCGACGGCGUCGAAAAGCGUCGAGUUUGUGAACGUCUUUCAGAAACGUCAGAAACGUCAGGUAACUCUGAGCUCCUCGAAGAUCGAGCCAGAGUUAUUGCUCUUCUGUGAUAACGCCAUGGUCCAACAGUUCGAAGGCGACACGGACGAACUGUUAGAGUACCUCUUGCAUUUCUGGCAUGCCGUGAACUGGAAAUUUCUGACAAUCUCUCUACAACGGAAGUGGCCGCAUAUAGAUUUAAAAAUCCGCGAGAUCGGGGUCUUCCGGGACGCCACUGCACAGCCGUUCAUCGAGGAGAACCGGAUACGCCAGGGCAGUCGGCUGUUCUCGCUGUAUGACGCCAUGGACAGCCUCCAGCGAUGGCUGGUGAAGUACGAGACAGUUCUGCCACUACACGAUGUGGCCUUUCUACAAACAGGUAAUGACGCCUGCCGUAUGACGUCACACACACGAAGGUUCAAGGACAGCCGGUUCACAAGCGAUGAUGACGAGGAGGAGGUUGACGGAUGUGUGGCGGGAACGGCCGGGGUGGCCUACGUGCGAGGGGCGUGUUUGUCCGCACCGUACUUCCGGAAGUUGGCAUACAAUUUCGGGAUUGGGGAGGCCUCCACGAGCUUCAAUGGUGUCAUUAUAGCCGCCCAUGAAGUUGGGCAUCUGCUGGGCGCCUACCACGAUGGCGAGGCGGAGGCGAGUCCCUGCGCCAGCAACUCCGGCUUCAUCAUGAGCUACUCCAGAGAGGACGCAUUCAAGUUCAGUAGAUUCUCCGACUGCUCCAUACAGAGUUUUCAAAACUUCCUCAACAUGGAUCGUUCCGGAUGUCUCAAGCAGCGGGCGAGCAAUGAGAUCAUGCAAUUCCCAACGUCAUUUCCGGGAACCUACAUGUCCAUAACGGAGCAAUGUCGACGUUUUACUGGCGGUCCGCCGUGUGAGGUGGGCCCAAAGCAGUGUGAACACCUAUGCUGUGAUGAUGCUAAGGGCCAGUGGAGGUACACCCGCUCCGAGCCGGCCGUGGACGGAAGCUCAUGCGGGGCCAGAAAUGUCUGUUUGAAUGGUCAAUGUAUAUCGCUGACAUCGUUUGGAUAAAAUGGACGAAUUCGAUGGUUUAGAAUCAAAGCCAUUAAUUUUCACGCUGACACAAUAGAAAAGAAGAUACGUUCGCGAUGGAUAUUAUACGCUCGCUAUGUGUCAAUAAACAACAUAAGAAACCUAAAGAAAAUGGAUAGAUGCGUUUUCGCACGAAGACCCAUGAAAAUGCGGCAAUCUUAUCAACGGACUUUGGAUAUUCAUGUUUAAUGUUCAGUAAAAUCACGAGAAUUUAUCGUUAAGUGGAGACUGGAGAAUGCUCUUGUGUGUGAUUUACAAGUUUGUCAACUUAAUAGAAGACAAGCUAUAAUUCCAAGAUUAAUAUUUGUGAACACUAGAGAAGACAGUAUUACGGAAUGCUGAAUUUUAACUUAUAUAUAUAUAGAGGAAAAUACACAAUUCUUAAAAUGGAUGCAUGGAUGCAUUCUAUAAACCUCUAAUAGUGCGUUUGUGAAAUAAAAGCAAAUAAAUAGCGAAUUAUUAAAAGAUGGGCCUAAUAUUGCUGCAAGCAACACUUUUCGUAGCAUCUGAACAACAAAAAAGCGUUUAUAUAAGGUGUAAUAAAUGUUGGAAAACGGAAGGAUAUUGUUUUAUGACUGAUAGCGCA